CGUUGGCUUUCAGUCGAGCCGCUUCCGAGGAGAGCGGCAACGCGGGGUCAAAGGUGAAGGCGGUGGGAGGUUAAAGGGCUGCGGGGAGGCGGCGGGCGGCGGUAGUUCAGCGGAGAGGAUCCGGGAAACGCGGCGACGCUGCACCACAGCCCGCUGCGGGGCCGUGCUUUGUAACUACCCUCCCGUAGUUUCCUGUGGGAAUAGUUGCAUUCGGAAGUUAAGCGUUAAAAGAAGGAGGUUUGCCUGACAUCUGAGGUUCUUUCAAGAUGGAUGAGCCAGGGAAUCCGCUGGACAGAGACCUCUCCCUUUGUGUGGUUCUGCCAGGUGGGCUAGAGAGGAAGGCCCUGGUACACGGAAGCAAACCAGUUAUGGACUUACUAGUCACCCUUUGUGCGAGUUACCACCUUAAUCCGUCCGAUUACACAGUGGAGGUGCUGUCAACCAACAAGAACAACAUCAGCUUUAAGCCAAACUCUCCAAUUGGGUCUCUUGAGGCUGAGAAGAUUGUGCUGAAGCCAAAAGGAGUGGAAGAAAAGCUUGUGGCGCCAUACAUGCCUGAGGCAACUGUACGCCUGUUGAUCAACUAUAAUAAGUCCCAUAAGGCCGUGGUGCGAGUGAAUCCCAAAGUGCCCCUCGAGAUGCUGCUGCCAGUCGUGUGUGACAAGUGCGAGUUUAAAGUGGAAACAACAGUCUUGCUGAGAGACUGUCGGUCCUCAGAGCCGCUGGACAUGAACAAAACCCUCACCGACCACGGAUUGAGGGAGGUGUUUGCCAGAGACACUGCUGUUAAAGAGCCUGAGCAUCAUCAUCCGCAUCACACCAUAGAUCAAGCAGUUACUCCAAGAGAAUUUAUGUCACCAGCUCCACUAGAAGACGUGCCAAAGAAGGAGAAGAAACAGAAGGAGAACACAGGUUUCCUCAGUUUGUUCAGAAGAAAGAAGAAGAAAAAUGGACUGGAAAGGGCAGGAAGUGCUCCGGCCUCUCCUGGUGGAAGCAAACCAUUGUCAGUCAGCACCAUGGAACGGACCCUGUCCUCCUGUAACCACGUGCAGGCGGAGCUGCCCAAGAAGAGACGGGCCCCUCAGCCGCCCAUGGGUGCAUCGCUGAGUGUUCCCAACAACCUCGGCACCUGUCACCUCAGAGGAACACAGAGAUCUGCAGAAUCUAGGUUACGAAGUACUAAGAGGAGGGCCCCACCUCCACCCGGUGCAAACCCACACCAGGAGCCUCAUGAGGACACACCGGUUAAAGGGACUGUAGCCUCUCUGAACGCUCUGGAGGAGUUGAGAGAAAGUGAUGAGUCAGACUCUCACAGUCCGUCAGCGUGCUUUUCUUCCUCGACCUGUCCGUCAAAAGUGCGGUCGUCCUCGUGCUCCGCGCGCUCGUCGCUUGCUCAUCUGGCCGACCCGUACCUGCCUUCGUUUCGAGGGGCCGACAUUUCUGACGCUCGCUGCGCCCUCGCCACCAUCUUGACGUCUUCGAUCUCUAAAGGAAUGCUGGUCAAGCGCUUGAGGAAUUCUGCCACAUUACCGAAAUUACACAACAGCUCCUCGUUAGUAUCUGUAACGCAGCAGUGGCCAGAUAACGGGGUCUGUGCUGGACACGAGUCCAUUCUGAACUCUAAGCUUCCCACUGAGCCUGAGUGGGACGAUCCUGUCGAGAGGAAAGUAAUGACCACUUUCAAGGUGGUCCCCUGUAAGAAACAGCAGUCCCAGGAUCCAGAACUUGAUCUGGACGCCUCAGACCAGUGCCAGAGCCCAAUGGAAGAUAAGCAGAGUGAGGGCGAGAAUAAUCCAACUGCAGCUGAGGAGGAUUUAUGCUCUGCUCUCGGAUCAGAGAGUGAAACAUCUUCUCCGGAGGUUCAGACUCCUGAUAGUCCAGACUCUACUUUACCUGCGCUCAUUUCAGCCAGUGAGGAACGUCUAGCUUUGCCUCCUCCUGAGGAUGCAGACGAAAGGCAAAAGACAAAGGAAGAGGAUGAAAGUGAGGUCACAGCUGAAAUGACACCAGCUGCACCGGGGGAUCCUCCUGGUGCUGUUCGGAUCGACUCGGAUCAAAGUGAAGUUCCUCCAAGUCCCAGUGAAGAGUCAGACCACAGCGGUUCAGAUGCAGAUGAUAAGGAAGAUGAAGAGAGAUUGGUGAGUGAAGAGGAACAGGGGGGAGACAGGUUUCCUCCCCCUCCUCCACCUGUUUUCUUUAACGAAGCUGUAGACGUCAUGGAGCAGGAAGAAGACCGUGCUGCUACUGCUUCGAGCCGCUCACCGACCGCCGAUACUCCUGCUCUGUCCUCACCCCACCCAUCAAGUCCUGCCUGCAGCAGGCAGAGCGAGGGCCCCAGCGUGGACCAGGACCCGGCCCGGUCCGCAGCGGCACCUGAGCUCCCGGACAAGACGAGCGCAGCCCCGUCCAGGUUUGCUGAGGCGGUGGCGCUGGCUGUGCAGAGGUCCCGUCUGCAGAGUCAAGGCAAGGCUUUGGACCAGCCGGCGCCGGGUGAGCCACACGGGACGGUCCCCUCCGCACACAGGUCCACAUAUCAGCACGGUGCCUGACGGGCUUCCUCACACACCUUCAUGUGGAAGUCCUUGUUUAGGGUGAGGAUGAUAAGCUGAUGGAGGAUCUAAUGCUUCAGGUAUGUGGAUCGGCCCCGGACAGAAGCAGCAAGUUUUACAUUUCCAGUCCACAAAGACUGUUUAAGUUCACAUGGACAGGAUGAAAAUACUGGAUAUUUUCUAGCCAAAUAUGCAGGACACGAGCUGUUAAACUGUCCACGUCCUGUUUUUUUUCUCUACUUCCUUUUGAAUUUUGACUCAACAUGUGCCAAGGUGGAAUCAGCCCUCACUAAGUAAUGAGAGCUUUUCUGUGUAAAUUAAGUGACUGGGGACAUUGCAGCCAUCCACUCAUUGUGUGUUUGUGCCCAAGUGUGUGUUCUGUGUGAAGAAUGCAGUAUAUUUGCUUUUUGGUCACCAGGUGGCAGAAGAGUAUUGUUUCUAAUUUUAACUCCUUGACCGUCUGCUUGUGUUUUUAUUUUAUUAUAUGAAUUGUGACGGCUGUAUCACAAGUGACACGUUUGUGUAUUUAAUGAGUAAAUAUUGUUUUGUAUUUACUGGGCAGAAAUUAAUUAAAUAAACCUUUAAUUCUGUAUUUAA